AUGAAGGUCUCUUUCUCUUUGGCUGCGCUGCUGGCAGCAAGCCUGUCGCAGGCUCAAUAUCUCAUCAGCGAACUUAGUUUUGGUCAUGCUGGAAGGAUAAGUCCCGUCGAGUCUCGUGGACAGAUCCCCAACUUCGCCGUCCAGGGCAACCCAAACACUCCCGAGGUUCUCUCUAACCGAAUUAUCCUCACCCCUCUCGCUCCCGGUAACCAGCGUGGUGCCGUUUGGGGUCAGCAGCCUUUGCUCCGUACCCAAUGGAUCGCCGACGUCGACUUCCGAGCCAACGGCCCCGAUCGCGGCCGCGGUAACCUCAACAUCUGGCUUGUUCGCAACGGUCCUGCUACAAUCGGCGCUGGGAGCAUCUACACUGUUGGCAAGUUUGACGGUCUUGCUCUGGUUAUCGACACAUCUGGCGGUUCUAGUGGUAUGGUUCGCGCUUUCUUGAACGACGGAAACACCGAUUAUUCUCGACAGAACAACGUUGAUGAGCUCUCGUUCGGUCACUGCCCAUACAACUACCGCAACCUCGGUCGACCCUCGCAGGUCAAGCUCCGACAAACUGCCAAGUCUUUCCGUGUUGAGCUGGACGGCAAGCUCUGCUUUGAGUCUGAUAAGAUCAGCAUUCCUACCGGCUACCAGUUUGGUGUCACUGCUGCCACCCCUGAUAACCCUGACUCUUUCGAGGUCUUCAAGAUGGUCGUCAUGGCUGAUAACAGCGAUACUGGUGCUGUUCGCAACGAUCCUCCCAAGCAGCAAAACCAGAACCAGAACCAGAACCAGAACCAGAACCAGAACCAGAACCAGAACCAGAACCAGAACCAGAACCAGGCCCGUGGUCAGCCCGCCAAGGCCAACUCCAACAAUAACAACAGAAACGAUGGCGAGUACGCAGACGAGGAUCCUGAUAUCUUCCAGACCUCCAAGACCCAGUUCAUGGACCUACACAACCGCCUUCAAAACACCAACCACCAGCUCUCAUCUCUGCAACGCACAUCUUCCCGUCACCAGCAGCAGGAUGAGAAGCGCCAUGAGGAUUUGACAUCCCUCAUCGGCCAGCUCCGUGCCGACAUGCGUAAGCUUGAUGAUAUCACCGCUCUCAAUACACGUAUCACAGAGCUUGAGAAGGACAUCCAGGGUCUUCGAAAGGAACUCACCCGCAAGUUGCAAUCUACGGAGCGCACCUUCAAGACCACCCUAUCCGACCACCACAGCACCUUGUCGGAGGUUGUCAUGAGUAAGACUCCUGGUCACAAAUUCCUCAUCUUCUCCAUCAUUGGCACCCAGUGCAUUCUCGUCGCUGCCUACGUCGUCUAUAAGAGAAGGCGAGCAUCCAUGCCCAAGAAGUACCUGUAA